ACCGUGACGUUAGUAUUGACUACCGGCAACCGCCCGACGGAAACCAUCGGUUACCGGUUAGUUGCUCGGUUAAUCGAGGUAACCGCAGUGCAUGAUAUGAACCGGUUCAACAAUUGUUUCCAUCGACUCUCGAGACAGAAAAACAAUGGCGGAUUGGGGGCCGGUAGUGCUACACAGUAUGGACGCGUCGGGGAGGGAGAUGGCGGCGUCGUCGGCAGGAGAGUCAGGAGCAGGCGGCGACGGCAGGGGAUGGCGGAGAGCGGGGCGUCGUGGAGGGCGAUGGCGGAGGCCGGAGAGUGGCUGGCAUCGGGGAGGGAGAUGGCGGCGGCGACGGCGUCGGGCAGGCGGCAGGCGGAGUCAGGGCGGCGGCGGUGGCAGGGAGAGUCAGGGGUCUCGACUCUCGCCGUCUCGUCACGAUGUAGAGGAAGAGGAAGGGGACAAGGCCGACGUCGUUUUUAGGAGGUUAUUUAUGAGCCAGUUAGUCGGUUUAAUCGCGGUUAUAACGCUCGGUUAGCCGACCUUACCAACACCGCUGCCGAACACCGCCCGUGCCAUUUAAUUUCGGUUGACCGGUACCGCCGGUUAUCGGUUUAACCGGCCGUUUAACCGGCAACCGAUAACCGAACCUUCAGCCAUACCUAGAAUUCAGCCCCGAUCUGGAACCAGAAAUACGUAGGUGCGAUUGUAACUCGAUAUCGAAUUACUCCAAUUCGCUUUGGUUUGAUUGUGAGGAAAAUGUAAAUAUCAUUCUAGUAUGGUUCGGUUAAAAAGAAAAUGAGAACAAAAUGAUUAGCAUAUG